AUGACAAAGCAGAGCGCGGUGGUGCCAGAGGCGGUGGCGCCAGAGGCGGUGGUGGUGACGCAGCCAGGGGCUACCGUGCCCGCUUCGUCCCCCGUAUUCCCAUACCCGCCUCUGAAGGCUGCCGUGGGUUUGCCCAUCAAGAAGUUCUUACAGAAGCAAGAAAUCAGCAGCGGCGGGAGAGUCAGUUCGUGGGUUGACUCCAUGAAGGCUUCCUCGCCCACCCACAUACAGGGGCCGCCGCCACCAGCGCAGGACGAACAUCCCUCGGCUCUCGGAAUGUUUGAGGAGAUCGUGAGUCUCUCAAAGGGGAAGAAGAUUGUCAUGUUCCUCGACUAUGAUGGCACCCUCUCUCCCAUUGUCGACGAUCCUGACCGUGCCUACAUGUCCAAAGCUGUGAGUGUCACCUCUGUGUCUCUCUCUACCUCUCGUCUUUCUCGUUCUCUUCCUCCUCUUCGUCGUCCUCUGUUCUUCCCUGCCACCGUGAUGAACAUAUCCUAAUGAGAUCCUGUUCAUUUCUGGGCGAUGAAAACCCAGAUGAGAGCGGCGGUUCGCGACGUCGCCAAGUUGUUCCCCACAGCAAUUGUCAGCGGGAGGUGCAGAGACAAGGUACAUUCUUCACCAAGAAAAACCACAGUAAUUAAGCGGUUUAUUUCAGUUUUAAUGCUAGUAAAACAAGUGGCCCUUGAAUUCUCGUCUCUAACGUUCCCUUCUGUUAAAAGGAUAAAUUUCUUUUCUCGUUUUCUUGAUGGGUUCGUGCUUUGGAUGGGCUCUACUCAGGUGUAUAGCUUCGUCCGACUCGCGGAGCUCUACUACGCCGGUAGCCACGGCAUGGACAUCAAAUGCCCCAAAUUUAAUAAAGUAUGAGCCUUUAUUUGAGAGAUUACCCAUUUUUCUUAUCUUAAGAUUAAGGACAGGCCCCCACCCUUCUUUCGAACCCUCUGCCGAGUUCUACCCUGACCGCAUUUCCUUUUCAGCGGGGCAAAGAACCACCUGUUCCCAACAGUCUGUCUUGGGAACUAUAUUGAACGGCUUCUCUUCGUUUGUUUUAGCAACUUUUCUUAGGUCUCCUCGCCAAAACCGGCAUAGGUUCACUAACAAAUCAGUACGACCUAUCUAAUAUUGUUUCUUCAUCGUCUCUCUUAAUGUGCAGGGCAACAAGCCGGCUCUCUUCCAACCUGCCAGCGAGUUCCUCCCCAUGAUUGAUGUGGUUGGAAGAAGACACCCUCUCUCUCUCUCUCUCUCUCUCUCUCUCUCUCUCUCGCCCUGGCUCUCGCUCAGUCUCCGUAUAUUUCCCCCCACGUGGGUACUUAAGAAAAAUGGGGCUCCGAUGGGUCUUAUCCUUUCCCAUCGUUUCAUCUUCAGGUGUCAAAGUUGCUGGCGGAGAAGACGAGGGCCAUCCGGGGUUCCAGGGUGGAGAACAACAGAUUCUGUGUUUCUGUGCACUUCCGCUGCGUCGACGAGAAGGUGCCCUCCUCUUCCACCUCCACUGGCUCCUAGUGUGCUUUCUUUGGUGUGAGUGGAAAAUAAGAUGGAUGGUUCUUGGGGUUGACCUUUCCACUUGCAUGCACGCAGAGAUGGGUCGAACUGGCGAUGCAGGUUCGUUCCGUCCUCCAUGACUUCCCCAAGCUCCGGCUCACCCAUGGCCGGAAGGUGAGCGCCCCUCAGCAUACCUUUCAAAUCGUGGAGUUUCUACCGGGCAAGAGAAUACAAGACUCGCUGACUUGCUGCAGCAAGUGGGGAUAGUCUUUGUCAUGCUUUUUAAAAUGAAUAGGGUGGAAGAAUCUGACAAUAGGGGGACCUUCUCUUGUGAAGGUCUUAGAGAUCCGACCGAGCAUUGAGUGGGACAAGGGGAAGGCUCUCGAAUUCUUGCUCGAAUCCCUUGGUGAGUCGUGUUUUUACUUUCAUUUUCCUGUUAGCGUAGCUAGUAGACGUUGACAGGUUGGCAGUUCAUUUGAAUAAUCUUAAUGUCAUCUUCUACGGUAUUUUAGGGCUCUCUGAUAGCAACGACGUGUUGCCGGUGUACAUUGGAGAUGAUCGUACCGAUGAGGACGCCUUCAAGGUAUCAUCAUGAUGUGUCCUUGUGGACUAAUAUCUUUUAUACAGAGAGAGCGAGAGAGAGAGAGAGAAAUUCAUAUUCAGGGCCAUAUCAAGGCAAUUCGGGUGAGAACCUCAUUAGCCAAUGGACAGCCUUAAUUUGGAAGUCGGAGGUCCCACCAGAUCUCUCCCAUGGACAACCUCAUCUCUGAAUGCGAUAUUAUAUGGAUCGACGACCUGGCUUUCCAUCAAGUGGAACGUAUUGUUUUACACAGAAUCUUUCCCCCGAGUAGUACUCGGUAACCGUAUCUCAUUACACAAAGCAACGCUCAACAGUGUCGUGUUAUAUAAAUUGCCAGGUUUUGAGGGAGCGAGGGCAGGGCUUCGGCAUCCUCGUGUCAAAAGUUCCUAAGGAGUCCCACGCCACAUACUCUCUUCAGGAGCCCUCGGAGGCAAGUAGUCGCGACCCAUUUCGAGAGUUCCGGAUCCUACUUUGGGCGUCAAAAUGGGUCUUCUUGGAUCCGAAGUUUCUUCUCUCCUUUGACGUCUGAUCGUUUGCUGCAGGUGAUGGACUUCUUACACCGCCUGGUAGAAUGGAAACGUCUCUCUGGGAAAGGGCAUCCGAGAGUUUAG